AUGCUGCCUCUCCUUGCCCUGUUUCUCCUGAUCGGGCCGGCAGUGUCCACUACAACACGAGACAGAGAGGACCUGACUUUCGGUGCAGAAGCAGAGUCUUGGGUGACCGUGAACCUGAAGGGAAUCCCUGUCCCCAGCAUCGAACUUAAGCUUCAGGAAUUGAAGAGAAGCAGGACUCGCCAGUUCUACGGUCUGAUGGGGAAGCGGGUGGAGGGAGUACAUCCCAUCCAGUCAGCGGAGAGAACGGGGUAUCAGCUGGGACGUAUAGUGCAGGACCUCCUUGGCACCAGAGGGUUGUCCAUCGAAGGAAGCUGCAGACAGGAGACAAAUCACCAGAGUGCAGGGCCUGGAGCGGUGGCCAGAGAAAGCCUCCAGAGUCAAAGAGGAAGAUCAGAGCCCCCUAACCACCAGCAACAUGUAGCACUGUCCUUGGGCACAGAAGAGGAUGACCAGAGCUCAGAGAGAGCCCCAAGGGAUGCCUCCCAAAUGAUGCCACGCCCAUCUCGCCCCUGAACAUCACAGCAGAUGAACUUCAGCCAAGUCCUGUGCCUUCUGUCCUCAACCCGGGUAGCUCCUGCCAGACCCGCACCACCCAAAUUCUGCAUUUCUCCCGGGACUCUUGGCCUCUGGUAGCAAUGACACACAAAGCACUUUUGCCUCCUCACAAGCUAGACUGACCCAGCUUUCCCUUGUACCUAAGGUAAAACUUCCCACUCUGUAUUCCAUGCCCCACACACAGCAGGGCUCGAUAAAGGAGUUAGCAAUAGGCAGCUUCCUCAGCCAUGCUGGGUAGAGGGCUGAAUGCCAGAAUAACAGAGCAGCAUUUCCCAGCCCAGGCCCAAUUCCUUAUCAGCCUGGCUAAAAUGGCAAUAGAAACAAGAAAAAGAUCCUGGUGGAGAAGGUGCAUGUUUUGGGGGUGGGGACAGGCACCUUCUUCCCUUUAGGUUCCUGAUAUGGCUCCGUGGGCUAAGGCAGUUGUUUCAAUUCAAUCCCCAGGAUCCACAAGAUGGAAGGAAAAAGAGGUUGUCCUUUUACCUCUCUGCAUGUAUCAUGGCAUGUGUUAUACAAAAUAAAGUUAAAAGA